AUGCUUGCUGGCUAAGCUCUUAAUGGAAUUAUGCCUUCUGCCACUGAAGAAGUUCUCAGAUUAAGGAAAGAGUUGAGAUUGAAAGAUGCUGAGUUUAGUAAAGAAAGAGCUAUUCUGGAAUAGAAAAAUCAAUAAAUGGAGCAGCAGUUGAAAGAUUCAAAGGAUAGAGAGGAGAGUUAGAAAAGAAUUCAUGAGACUAUGAUCAAUUGCCUGAAUAGUAAUGACCCCUCUCAGACAUCCUAGGCGAUAUCUUAACUCUAGUAAAAUGAAAAACAAUUAAAAUCGGAUGUCAAUGAUUUACUGAGUAAGAAUCGCAUGCUGCAUGAUGAAAUUGACAUCAAGGAGAAGAACUACAAGCGCUAAUUGGAUGAUAAAGAUAUGAAAAUAAAGGAUCUAGAGAUUCAAAUUGAGCGAAUGAGGUUAGAUCAGAAGCAGAUGCAGAUGGAAUUCGACCAGGAUAAGAAAGACUUGAGCAUCAAACUUUAAAAUGCUUUCAGAGAUAGGGAAUAAGACAGUCAAAAGGCAGAGAUCAAGUUCAAAGUAGAAAAUAAUGAUCUUAAAAAUGAGAUUGAAAGAUUGAAGUUGAUGUAUCAGAGGGACAAUGAAAAGUUGAAGUCAGAAUUUGACAUGAAUCUCAAAGAAAUGAGGAUGAUCCAUGAACAGGAAAAAUUCAAUCUUCAAUAUAAGGCUGAGAAAUCAAACAAUGAUCUAAGUUCACUCAUUAAUAAGAUCAAUACUUAGGGACUCAAUGAAUCGCACAGAAGUGACAAGGUUAUUAGAAAGAGGGAGGAACUGGAACAAGAAAUAAUGUCCUUGCAUCAUGAAGUGGAGUAGAUUAAAGUUCAGUAUGAUGUAGAGAUAUCCAAGAUUACCUAGGAUAAGGUAUAAGCUGAAAAUAAAGCCAUGAAACUCUAAAAGUCCUUAGAUAAAAUCAAGAAUGCCCCUAAACCUGUAAAGAUUGAUUUACCAGUGAAUAACGAGUAAAAGCAGUAAGAUAAUGCCAAAGUCAUCUAGAGUUUAAAAGAAGAAGUAGAUUGCUUAUUAAAAGAAAAUGAGAAGCUUAAUGAAUAAGUCAAGAAGUUUAGAAAAGAAACACUGGAAAACCAAGAUUAUAUAGAGAAACUAGAAACCAAUGAAAGAAAGUUAAGAUAGCAGCUAAAAGAGAAGUCAACUUCUGAUGUGACAUCUGAACAGGUAAUGGAACUGAAAAAGCAAAUAAACAAAGAGAAGAGAAAGAACAUUGAGAUUCAGGAAUAGUAUAAUCACCUUAAUGAUGACUUCCAGAAAAUUAGAGACUUAAACCUAGGUGAAAUGCUGGAGAAAGACAAAAAGAUAACUAAGUUGUCCAAAGAUCUCAGAGAAGCUGAGAGGAAGAUGCUAGAUAUCUAAUCUGUGUUCAAUUCUAAUCAACCAUAGAUCAUAGCUCAUAAUAGAAAUCCCAGUCCAUUUGGCACUUUAAACCUAGAUCAUAAUCACAAUCGUAAUAUUAGUUAUAAUCCACUCUCAACGACAUUGAGUAAUAAUACACCAAAUAUUCGAGGUUAUCACUAAAGUCAGAAUAGCUAAUUACACUAUUAAUAAUCGCCUAAGGUUAUAAAUAAUAAUGGCAAUAGCAAUAAUAACCCUCAGAUAAUGUGUGGAGUAGUUUAAGAAGGAAACUAGAUGAUGAAGACAAUACCUUAACUCGAAUAUACUCUGCUUAAGACUUGCUAGAGAAUGGCUGACAGUGCAAUUAGAAUGGAGUGCGGACUAUGCUUUUAGGUAUUUGAGACUCCUGAUUUCGAUAUUCACAUUAUGCAGGAUCAUCCCUAACCAAAGCAUAUGAGAAAUCAAACUUAGAAUGCGUUCCCAAAUACUUCGACUAUAGCUAACUAAAACAAUCUUGCUCCUUAUUCUUCAAAUAAGAAUAAUAAUGCAGCUGGUAAAAGAUAUGCAGAAGAUCUUUAAGCAUCUACUUAAUAGUUAGCUAGUCUACUUCAAUCAUCCCCUAGGAGUAAAAAUGUGAAGUCGAGAGAUAACAAUUCUGGACAGUAAAACAAAUGGAUCCAGAAUAGCAGAUCCUUCACUUGCCUCUUAAAUGAUCUUAAUGAAAUAGAGGAAGAGGAGAAAGUAAGCACUAAUUAGACAAAUGCUAACAACACCACAGCAAAUAAUGAAAACACAGAUUAGAGUUACUUUAAGAUUCAAUAAUAACAACAACAGCAGUAGACAAUCAAAUCUAAGUCUCCUAAUAUGAUUCAACAGCAAGAUUCAGAAAGGACUAAGAGUAGAAAUGCUAAUAAUCCUAAUAUCAAUGGAUCUUCCUUGCAAAUGAGCACUCUUUAGUCGGGCAAUACAAUAUAAAGUGUGUUGAGAUCUCAGAAAGAGCUAAAGAAGUAAAAAUCAAAUCUAAGUAUCACAUAAACUGCAAAUACUAGCAGAGUAUAAUAGCAGCAACCUUAAAGUGUCACAGUCCUUACAGCUUGCAGAACUGAGAUUCAGAACUUGAAGCGUGAAAACAAAAAGAUGAGUCAUCAACUGCAAAAUUAAGAAUAAAAAAUACAUGACAUUAGCAAAGACUGCACUUAAAUUAAAAGGCAUGUAAAAAAAGAUACAAAGAAGCAGAAUGUCAGUAGUGUAGCAGAUGAGAUCAAGGGAUUACUAGAAAAAAUUGUUACUAUUCAAGGCAAGGACAAUGGCCAGCCAGGAUCCUAUACAUCUAGGUAAAACAACAAUAUACCCAUGUCUACAGAUAGCAUAGUCGAACUUAGGUCAAGCGCAUCUUCAGUAUAUAACAAAAAGAAAAAAGCAAAUCAUAAGAAAAAGAGGAAUGAUAAAUCACCUCUACAAAAUAUUGUGCUUAGUCAGAACAAUCAUUUUGUCUCGAAUGAUAACAAUCAAUAAUCUCACAGAGAGAACAAAGAAAAUAUGUAGCUAGCUGCUAAACACUAAACUCAUGUUUCUAAUAAGCUACCAAGAAAGAACCUCCAAGAAUAAUUCAAUAACCAUGAUAAACUAGAAAAUUUCUCAUCUUCAUCUUCUGGUGAUUAUAGCAAACGAUCAAUUAUAGCAAUAGAAAAACGUUCUAAGAUUAUCAAGAAAACAGAGGAAUUGUGCUCAAACUCCCCCAAAAGAUACAAAAAUUACUUUGAAAUUAUCAAGAGUGUCGUAGAGCCAACUACUAAUUCAGGUUCUAACAGCAAUUAAGCCACUGCUAGAAAUAACCUAAGAGGCCAUCAUAGAUACUCACCGACAAGUACUAAUGAUGAAAACUCCAAUUCAAAGCUUAAACAAGUCAGAUCACAGCUAAGAGUUCAUCAGAAUGAUCAUAAUUAGUACUAGCACAGCCCCAAUCUUAAUCCAGCAUUCCAAAACUUAAAUACAAACCCAGCCUAUGAAAAUACGACUAAUGACAAUAGAAACAGCAGGAAUAUGAAUAUGCCUUUUGCUAUUAGCAAUUCUAAGUAUAUCAAUAACAACUUCUAAAAUACCAUUAAUUCCUCACAUAACAAUCUAGUACUCUAUGAUUCCUCUAAUACUGAUAUAUUUAAGAGUAAGUAGCUAAAGUACCAGCCGACAGUGCAUUUGACAACUAAAGAGAUGCAACAGCAUUCUAAAUUCCACUACCAUAGAAGUAAUGAAUCUGCAAGGCAAAAUGAGUUUGACCAGCAGAAUUAUUCAAUAGACAUGGAUGGUGAUGCGGCUAGACACAUUAAUAUUCUUAAUAAUGGUAGUUCAAGUAACAAUAGCUCUGAUGAUUUUGAAGAAGCUCAAACAAAUAGAGAUAGAAGAUAGGAAGUUAGAAGAUCAAAUGAAAAGGUUCCAAAUCUUGGGGAAGGAAUUUUUUAACAGCAACCUGAAAAUGAAUUCGUUACUGGAAGAUUCUGUGAUAAUGGUGCUCAAGGUAAAUCAUUCUUAUUCAAAGGCAACUCUAACAACAACAGCCAUAAUAACUCAACUAUAAGAAAUCAUCUGAAAAGCAAUACUCGUCUGUGA